AUAUUAGCACUUAAAAAUACAGAGCUGUCAGCCAUUAACAACCGGUCCGCCACAACACAACAUUCAAAACUCAAAGUUGUUGUUUCUCGCUGCGUCCUGUUCCAACUUUAUCUAAUAUGGCUGAUAGUGGGUUUCCCUCCCCGUCAUCACCCCCAUCCCCUGCCUUGCCUGCCUCCCCCGUCAGGCUGCACACAAGCACACAGCAGCAGGUGCAGGACACCCUGACACAACUGGAGAACCUGUGGGAUGACCUGGGGCUGAGCGAGGACCAGAGGAGCGACAGAAAACGCAUCUUUUAUGGUCACAUUGCAAGUCUACUUGAGAAGAUCUUGGUGGAUGAGCGUGCCUUGAAGUCUCGCAUUGUCAACCAGAUUGAACACAACACCAUUGAGAUCGUGAAGCUGUGUCAGGAGUUACUUAUAGAGCCAGAGGAGGCUGUGGAUGGCCUCACACUGCUGGACCUGGAUGCCGUGAUGCAGGAACGCCUGGAGAAGCUGCAGCAGACCAAGGCAGAGCGACAGGAGACACUGAGAAACCUACAGGAGAAGGAUGAGGGUCUGUGUGAGCUGCUGUGUGAGGAGCCCUUCUAUAUCCCCUGUGACCUGACGCCCUCCCUGGAGCAGCUCAAGGCCGUGGAGGAACACAUCAGGGCCAUGGAGGAGCUCAAGGAUGAGCGGGAGGCCACCUACAGGAGGCUGAAGGCGGGCUUGCUGAGCUUCCUGGAGCAGCUGGAGCAGUCCCCAGAGGACCCUUUCACUCGGGAGGUGGUCUGCUCUGACGACGAGGACAUUUCCCUCGACCAGGCCACCAUUCAGCGACUCAGGUCUGUGCACUCAGAUCUGGAAUUCCAAGUAAAAGAGAACACGGCCAAGUCGCUGGACCUGAGGGAGCGGAUAACAAGCCUGUGGGUGCUGCUGGAGGUGUCUGAGGGGGACCGGCAAGCCUUCCUGGCCACUGCCCCAGGACACACCCCCUCCAGCCUGACCAAGCUGGAGGAAGAGCUGGAGCGGCUGAAGGUGCUGCGUCUGCACAACCUGGCGGUGUUUGUGGAGAAGAUGCACAAGGAACUGACAGUGUGGUGGGACAAGUGUUACGUGGGCCAGGAGGAGCAGGACAGGAUCAAAGCCAUGACCUCAGAUGAUGUGGGAGAGGACGUGCUGGCGCUGCUGGAGGGGGAGGUGGAGCGCUGGAAAAACUACUACACUGAGAAUGAAGAGCUGCUUUCCACUGUGGGGCACUUCCUCUCCCUCUUCCACCACAUGCUGGAGCUUAAGAACCGCGAUAAAGACCCCUCGCGCCUCUUCAACACCCGCGGCGGUGCCCUGCUGCAGGAGGAGAAGGCCAAGAAGAAAGUCAGGAAUGAGCUGCCUCGCGUGCAGAAGCGGCUGGAGACCCUGGCCGUGGCGUGGGAAGAGUGCAACAACAGUCCCUUCCUGGUGCACGGGCAGGAGCUGAUGGCCUACCUCGACCACCUGUGGGGGACGCAUGAGAGGCAGUGGGAGGUGGAGAAGGCCAAGAGGGUGCAUGCCAAGGAGGGGCCAGGGAAGCCAGCCAGGGCGGUGUCUCAGGCCAGGACACCGGUGGCCUCCAGGAAGAGGGGCAUGGAGGGGGAGGAGCCAGCCAGCAGCAAGCGAGCCAAGCCACUGCUGCUGCCACCCAGGAAUGUGUCCCCCACCAAGCGCUCCCCUAGCAAGCAGACCCCCAGAGGCAGACCGCUGGCAGAGCUGAACCGUGCCCCUCUUACAUAUGUCCCUGCCAUGGAACACGAUGCUUCCCUGCAGUCCAUCACCUAUGACAAGUUCAAGGCUGACAUCACAGAGGCGCGGCGAGGUGCUGUGGUCCACUCAUCCAUCCUAGAAGAGGCCAUAACAAAGCCACAGUUCUCCCAGCACCCACAGAACCAGGGCCGCCGAUUCAGGGACGCCCUCCACCUUGCAUCCCCCAAAAAGGGCAGCAAACGUCGGCCCAUCCUGCACUCUCCAUCCCCCAUGAGGAGCCCCGCCCUGCGCCGCACCACCUCACAACCCUGCCUUGGACCCAACAGUCCCCGCUUGUAUUCCAACAGGGACCGGCCGCUCAGGUUUCUCAUCUAGGCGAGUUACAGUCUUGCUCUGGCUUUAGGUAUCCUGGUUCCUCUUUGAGCAUGUAAUUGCUACUUGAUCGAUUUUGUUUUGUAUCUUAUCUGUCUGUCUGUAUUAUGCUAAGAUUCUUAUAGGGAGCUACUCAAGACAAGACAUUAUUUUUAUCUAGGUAAGUUCUAAUCUUGUUCUGGCAUUAGGUUUCCUUGUACUUCUUGAGUGUGUAAUUGCUACUUGAUUGAUUUUGUGUCCUAUAUUUUGCCUGUCUGUCUGUCUUUUAUGCUGAAAUCUCUCUUAAUAGGAAGGUGCCUGAGACAUUUCUCAUAGGGGAGUUCCAACCUUGCUCUGGCUUUAGGUUUCCUGGUUCCUCUUUGGUGUGUAAUUGCUACUUGAUUUAUCUUAGUUUUUCUUACAUCAUGCCUUUCUGAGAAACUUACAUUGUGCCUUUCUGUCUGUACUGUGCUAAGGUCUCUCACAGUAAGGUGCCAAGACAAGACAUUUCAUUUAGGGGAAUUAGAAUUUUGCUCUUGGUUUUAGGUUUCAUGGCUCCUCUUUGGUGUUCAUCUGCUGGUUGAUGUAUUUUGUCUUCUGUACAUCUUACCUAUCUGUCUGUGUACCAUGCUGUCUUAUUAAGAAGGUCAUUAAGGCAAGACGUCCCACCUUUCUGUUUUAUAUUUAUUUGUUUUGUUGUGGUUUUAUAAGAGAUUUAUUGUUGCAAUUGGUUGUGUGCUGUGUUCAGAUUCACAGUCAUGUGCUAAGGUUUGUCACUAUAUGAAGCUGCAGGAUGAUUCCAGAGCCUUCAUGCACACACACAGAGAUACAUGUUUUAUUGACUACAACACAUAAGUAGACUGAAUGGGAAAGUGUUGAUAUGGGAUCUGAUCUGAUACAUAAUCAUAACACAUUGCAUGAGUGAAUAUGUUGAGUAUUUUUUGUGAUCAUCCAGUUUCCACAUCACAUUUUCAUUAUUUCAAUAACUCCAUUAAUGAGUUCUAUUUGUCUCAAAAGCACAUAGAAUGAUCGCACAUUUAAUUCCUUCACUCUUUAUGUUUUGAAAUUAUGAGAGGACAAAAAUCAAAUCAGUAUUAGACAGGUAGAGCUACAUUCCUGUCACAAAAUGCACAGUAAUAUACAUACAUGCCUCAUUCCUUGUCUCUUUUAUGAUAUAUGUAAAAUUUUAGAGGAUUUCAAAAAGGGAACAAAUAUUGGAGAUUAAACUAUAUUCCUGUCAUAAAAUGCACAGCAAUACGGAGCCAUACAUACUUCAUUCCUUCUCUUUUUUUAUAUAAGAUUAGCCUGAGUUUUGAGGCAAUGCAUAAAGGGGAAGGCUAUCAGACAGAUGAAGUUUCAUUUAAGUUACGAAGUACAGAAUCAUUUAGCACUAUUUUACCACAUAAGUUAAAUUUUCUGUCCUUGUGAUUUUUUUAGUUUUGAAGGAAUACAGGAUGGGAAUCAAUAAAAGACAGACAUAUCUAAAAAAACCUAGGGUCACAUUCUUAGCACUAAAUGACAGCACAGUUAACUUCUUUAUUCUUCUGAUGAUUUUUGAGUUUUGAAGGAAUACAAGAUGCAAAUUAACAAAAGUUUAAAACUACAUUCAUGUCACAAAAUGCAUAAUGAGUAAUAUUUAGGCACACAGUUUAUUUUUGCCCUUUGUGAUGACUGACUAUCUCUUUCUACCAGGGGCUGACAGGGCUAAGAGUAUGAAUGAUGUGUGUACGAGUGUGUGGUGCUUGGUCUGGGCCUUCCUGUGUGGUAGUGCUGGCCUGGUACAAAGAUAGAUAGAUAGAUAAAUAGAUAUGAUUGUCUACAGUAGAUUAAUAGUUUAGAAGGAAGGUAGCAAAAUGAUUAGUGUAUGGUGCCUAAAAUUUCACAACAGGAAAGUGGUGGAAGGUUCUCCAAAUAAUCUGGUAAUCCAAAUUUUCUGAUGGAUGGAAAAAAUAGGAUGUAUAGUAUAGGAGUGUUUUAUUGCAUUACACAUAACAGAUGGAUGGAAAAAAUAGGAUGUAUAGUAUAGGAGUGUUUUAUUGCAUUACACAUAACAAGUACACACACACACACACACACACACACACACACACACACACACACACACACACACACACACACACACACACACACACACACACACACACACACACACACACA